AUGCAUUCCUAACUUUCUCUCUCUUUGAGAUGACCAAAACCUUAACAUCGGCAAGCUCUCUAGUUAUCCGGUCUCCACAGCCAUCUGUUUCCGGCUAGCACUUCCAGCCACACACGGCCCAACUGUAGCCAUGUCUUUUCCCGAUCCAAAGUGCGCUGCGCCGCCACCCACCCAGCGGUCUUGCACACCACCGCCCUAGUCUAGCCAUCGUCCACGGUAAACAUAGCAAUCUCUCUCUCUCUCUCUCUCCAUUUGCUAUUUUCUUCUUUUUCAGACACCCGUGGCCAUACCCUCCCUCUGCCGUCUGCGGUGACGCGGUCUGUUGCUCUCCAAGAUUCCACCACGUCUCGGCUUCUCUCGGUUGCUGAUGUAAAUUUGGAGCAAGCUUGCUGCAGUUUCUGACAGCUUGAGAUUCAGAAGCCUGCGUGAAUAAAGGAAAAGGCCAUCAAGCAUCUGAGGACUUUGGACUUUUGAAGGAUGACGGUUUUAAAGCGGUAUGUGCUUCGAUUGUUCAUAUCAAUAAAGUACAUCACAGCGAAUGUCGUGGACAGAAAUAAUGGACGGAUUGUUGUAACAGCAUCAACAGUGGAACACGAUAUCAAGGGAUCACUUGAGUGUGGCCGGUCUUGCAAUGCCAAGGCGGCAGCAGUUGUUGGAGAGGUACUGGCUAUGCGACUCAGGGUGGAGGGUCUUGAAGAGGGUCAGGGAAGAGGGAUUCACGUUGAUGUUAACAAGGAAGUAGAAAAGAAAGGCUUUAAAAACCGUACCAAGAUAUGGGCCAUUGUCAAUGCUCUUAAAAGCAAUGGGAUCAAACUUAUUCUGGAUGAUAAGGAUGACAAUACUAGGUCAAAUUACUGAUAUGUUCCUUUUCCGGGUUCUCCCCUUAUAAUUUAUGGAAGAGAUUUUAAGAUUUUUCUCGUCUUUUCAA